CUGCUGGGGGGCGACGGGGCGUCUUGCGCUUGUGCUGCACGUGUCUGUGCUGAGCUUGGGGAAGGUAGUUUAGGAAGCUCCAGAGCAACAGCCUCUCUUCCCCCUCCCUCCCCCCAUCACUUGAAGAGGUUCCGCCACCCGCGUUCCUCACUGACGUGCUCUGUGUUGUUGUUUUGUAAGGAAAGAAAGUUAGCCGAGCAUGAAAAAUCAUCCAUAGCGUUGAAAUUCUCUUUCACCCCGAACUGUGAAAUCACAACCGUGACUCUCUAAAUUGCUCUCAAAGAAGCAUAUUGUCACUUUCCUCAAAAAAGUGGCUGCAGUAGUUUGGUGGGCUGGAAGAAAACUUGCCCCCUAGUCUCCAAAGAAAGUCAGCCUAGCUAGUAGAAAUCCACUGUGGUGGUGUGGAAAAUAUUGUCCUAUCAGGAUAACGUUAAAACUUAAAUUGUAUUUGGGCUCCUAGAUGAUACAGUCAUUUGCCAAAAUAGAAAUGCAUAUCUAGAUUGUUUUUUGGAAUAAACAAUUGACUUGGUAUAGGGUGGAUAUACAUUCAUGCAAAAGAAAGCAAGUUUGUGUCCUACUGAGCAAUAUUCCAAGUAGCAAUGUAAGCAACUAGUUGACUACCCAAUAAGCCUAGGCUUAUUCAUUAGUCAAGUCAUCACUUGACUAGUCAUACCUCCUCCCCCCCACACACACAAAUUGCCUCUGUAUCAGAGGCAGCAAGGCAGGGGGAGUGGGAGCUGUCUUAAAAGCCAGUUCCCCCCAGCACCAUCUCUGUGCGGGGCAGGGAAGACAGAGGCACAGCAUGGGGAAAAUGGUGUAAGCCCUGACUGAGCAGCUCUGGCUCCAAGUCCCGGACCCUGCACCUCUGCUUUUUAAAUGUAGUAGGAGCCUGAUGGCUCUUAUUACAUCUAAAAAGGAGAGCCACAGUGAACCCCCAUAUCGACUAAUCAAAUAGUCAAUGGAAAUUCCAUCGGAUACUUGAUUAGCUUCCUAACUGCUAUUUAAUAUCCCUAAUUCCAAGGCCAUCAUGUCUGUGGGAGUGCAUAAUUGGAAAGCUCAGUAAAGUAAGAUGAGUUUACAAUGAAUUCAAAGGUGAUCAAAGAUAUUUUGGACAGAGUCCAGAUUAGGCCUUGCCUCUUUUUGCAACAUCUGUUUUAACAAUUUUUAGAACGUUGGUGAGGUGACAGAUUGUAGUUUUCAUGUCAGAGUACAUAAUGUCACCCCAUUAUGUCUUAUUGCAAAAUAUACACACUAUUUUGCAGUCAUUAAGAAAGAAGACAUGCUAGAAAAAUAUUUCUAUACAUCUUUUAUUUUUAAAUAAAGAAUUGUUCAUGUACAUAAUUGAAAUAAGACUUGAUUGUAUUUUGGAGAACAAUUAUGCAUUGGCAGAAAGAUUAAUUGAAUAUUUUCCACCUCUGUUCUUUUGGAGCAGAAAAGAGACAUAGGUUACUUGAAGUUUGUAGACCAUUCUAUUUAUACAUAUACACUCAUAUCUAGCUAUAAAAUAAAAAGAUGAAACUUUUAAUUUGCUGUGUUGCACCCAUGUUGUCCCAGGAUAUUAGACACACAAGGUAGCUGAAGUAAUAUCUUUUCUUGGACCAACUUAUGGUGGUGAAAGCUUGUAUCUUUCACCACCAGAAGUUGCUCCAAGAAAAGAUAUUACCUCACCCACAUUGUCUCUAAAAAGUUUUAGUUAUCAUGGUUUUUAUCACAGAUUCCUAUUAUGAAGUGACCCAACACUAAAUUAAUUGUAACUUAGACUCUUGUUUAAAUGUUCAAGAUUUUAUUGUAGAAAGAUUUAAUAUAUUUCCACUUCCAGGAAAAUUUAGGAUUUUUCAAAGUAUAAAUAGAUGUACACUAUCUCUUGUAGUGAAACACCUAAGAUCAUUUAACAUUAGCAAAAUCAAUUGCAGUUAUCUCUGGCUAUAAUUAAGGAUGUUCUCAUUUUAUGGAUAUUCUGUAUUUUUUCAGUAUUUAGAAAAUAACUUAAUGAAAGGAAGAAAGAAAAGACUGAAGGCUGUAAUUUGUGCACAUGAUGCACUUCUUGUCUUAUGUGACCAUCUGUAAUAAUCUUUUAAUAUGACUGUAUCUAGAGUGUGUAAAAAAGAUAAGGGUGGAGUAGAAGAUGUAUCUAUAUUUAGACUGUAGUGUCACAUUGAACAGAGUGCUGUGCAGUAGAAUACAUUAUAAAAGCUUGUUCUAAUAAUCAGGUAUCAGCAAAUCAGUGCUUCUGAUGUUGGCUUAAAUACAGGAAGUGCUGUCUAUUUAACUGCAGAAGAGCAAGGCUUUGGCUUCCUUUAAUUCUGAAGUGAAAGUUGUCACACUCCAAGAAAACUAAACCCUUUUAAAAGAUAGGCAUUAGUAAUAGAAUGCUGAAACAAACUUCUGGAUUAGCUUCAUUGGCUUUCCUGCUUCUUUUGCAUCCCAAAGCAUAAGCUUAAAUCGUCUCAGAAGGACAAGGUCCGCCAGUUUAUGGCAUUUACCCAGGCUGGUGAAAGGACUGCUAUAUAUUGCUUAAUGCAGAAUGAGUGGAAACUAGAAGUGGCAACAGACAACUACUUCCAGAACCCAGACUUGUACUACAAAGAAUCCAUGAAAAAUUCAGUAGACAGAAAGAAAUUAGAGCAAUUGUAUUACAGGUACAAAGACCCACAGGAUGAAAAUAAAAUUGGCAUUGAUGGAAUUCAACAGUUUUGUGAUGAUUUAAGCCUGGAUCCUGCCAGUAUCAGCGUCUUGGUCAUAGCAUGGAAGUUCAGGGCAGCCACUCAAUGUGAAUUCAGUAAAAAGGAAUUUAUAGAUGGAAUGACAGAGUUGGGGUGUGACACCACAGACAAGCUAAAAGCUCUAUUGCCAAGAUUGGAACAAGAGCUAAAGGAUCCAGUAAAGUUCAAAGAUUUUUACCAGUUUACCUUUACCUUUGCUAAAAACCCUGGACAAAAAGGUUUAGAUUUAGAAAUGGCUAUUGCAUAUUGGAAUUUAGUCUUAUCGGGAAGGUUUAAAUUUUUAGAUCUUUGGAAUAAAUUUUUGUUGGAACACCAUAAAAGAUCAAUCCCAAAAGAUACUUGGAAUCUUUUGUUAGAUUUUGGAAAUAUGAUUGCAGAUGAUAUGUCCAACUAUGAUGAAGAAGGAGCAUGGCCUGUUCUCAUAGAUGAUUUUGUGGAAUAUGCACGACCGGUAGUCACAGGAAUAAAGCGUAAAACUUCUUAACCAUGGACACUUCUAAAUGGACUAAGCUUGCAGUCUGAACUCUAUCAGGUAAUGAAGACCUUUCGCCAAUAACUGUGCACACUCACUGGUUUCAGUAGUCGUGGCAAGAUGCCACUGACAAAACUUGAAAUUGCUCCUUCUGCCUAAAGAAAAUGGUGGCUGACUCAACACUGCAAGAAGAAACUCAAGAUAGCCCAAGCUGUUCGUAGGAUUUUGGCUUCAAUUAUUGUACUGGUUGUAUCAUAUAGGAUGUAGAUUUUGCAUGAUUUUAUACUUUGGAGAAGUUUAACUAGAGGCCAUUUUAAAGUUUUGACAGCACGGCAUGCCAUUCAGUUCAUGAUCCAAGAUGAACACCAGCAGUUACAUAAUUAAAACUGUAUUAUAUUGUACUUAUAUUAAAAGCAGUAUUUGUGGUAUAUAAAUUAAAUCCCUAAAUAAAACGUAUGUAGUAUGUUGUAUUUUUAUACAAGUGAGCUCUGUGUAACUGUGCCCUAAUAUAAAUUUGUAACAAAACACUUUUUUCUUGGUGCCAGGAUUCUAGAAUUAUAUUUUAAGAUCUCAGUAAUGUACAGAUUGACCAUGUCUGUUUUUUUCCCCUUGUAAGAUUAAUUUUUUCAUCGCUGUGUUCACGUGAAGUACGUUUGGUUAUGUUGGUUAUCAAUAGCAUUGUUGAACAAGGACAGCUGUGCUUUGUUUUGAGUCCAAGGAUGGUUUGAAUAUCAUUAUUUACAAUGUUGAUUGAUUAGUCUUUCUUUUUUUACUUAGACCCUUAAACAACCAAAGAUGCAUUUUUAUAAUUCAUGUUUGAUAGAUAAACAUAAUUUAGUUUUUCUUCAACUUUCCAUUUUCCAUUUACUUUUGUGUAAAUAAUGAAUUGUUGGGAUUUGAGAAUUUUAAUAGUCUUCAAUUUGCCUUAAAACAGGUAGGUUCCAUUUAAAGGCCAUAUUCUGUGCAUGCAGUUUCUGAUCUGAUCUCAACCCUGAAAUGGAAGGGGGGGGGGGGCGACAUAUAACCACGGUACAUACAGUAUAUCUUAACCUCCCUUGAAAACUUUUGGCAGGGAAUUGAUUUAUUUCUCUACAUUAUUAAGAUUCUUGCAUCUUCGUCUAAAUGCUUUAUAAAACAAGUAAUAGUUCUUUGAAUAGGAUCCCUGUUAGUGCUCCACUUCAGAUGUGAAUGCACCUUAAACCCUUGCUCAGAGAUUUUCUGUUAGCCAUGUUUGUUUGGCCUGUGCAUGCAUGCUUUACAUCUUUAUUCCUCAUACUGAGAUUAUAUGGGGUUGCACAGAUUUGAGAGUGCCUCGGCUAGCUUCUUGUUUAUAGUUUAGUGUUAGUAUUCGAUAACUGUCAGUAGAUUGGUAGUGUGAGGAUUAAUUUUGUGCCUCUCCCUCCCCCUAGGGAGCGUUUCUCUCCUGACAUGAUACAUCUAGCUCUAUAGGAUUCAGACAUUUCUCAGUGGCGGUUACCCUAAAACUACUGCUUGGGAAACUCACAUAGCUCCCAGAAGUCUAACUUCUUCCUGGUCUUUCAAGCACUCCUGGAUGCCACAUACACCACUGCCAGGUCCAUUUCUGUGAUGGUAGUUAUGCACAAGGUGUUAUCGCUCCAACUCCCAAGGUUUCCAAGAGAGGUUCAGAGCACUUGAACACUUCCACUUUAAUGACUGAAAGCUGUUUGCAGAAACCACAGAUGAGUAUCUAGCCAUUUUAAAAUCUUUGGAUAUAUAGAAAGAGAGUCCAGAGAUCUUGUCCAUCUCAGUUCUCUGGAUUUCACAUAUCCACCAAACCCCCAGGAAGAGACAUAAGUUGCAGAGAAAGAAGGCUGCUCCUUCUCCUUGCACAAGUUUCAAGUCGUCAUUGAAAUAACAAUUUUGACAAGAUGGUUAGGGGCUUGAAUGUCCCAAACCUCAGGGUCAGCAGUAUACAAUCCUUUGCGCCACCCCCCUCCCUUUUGAAGACUACUUUUCCCAUUUCCAGUAUGCUUGGAGGCAGAUCACAAGUGGAUCCUAAAGAUCAUAACAGGCUACACUGCCCACUUUUCAUUCUCUCAUCAAGGACUCCUCCCAAGCCUUUACUAAGAUAAGAAAUAGACUGUAUCCUUCAAUCGGGAGCAGUAGAGCCAGUCCCAGCUCCUCAUAAGGGAAGAGGGUUCUGUUUGAGGUAUUUUCUUGUGCCAAAGAAGGGUGGAGAUCAGUUUCUGGAUUUAAGACCACUCAGAGUAUUUGGAAAGUUUCAAAAGUUCAGGAUGGUGACUCUGGCAGCAAUAAUCCUUAUACCAGAGGCAGGAGAUAGGUAUCUUGUAGGUUCACAGCUGAAAACCAGCUUGCAUACAGCAGUACACCUAUUUAACAAAAAUUAUCUGUUUUACACUAUAGGAGAGGAACAUUUUCAAUACAAAGUACUUCCCUUUGGCCUUUCCUUUAUUCUAAUGGUGUUCCUAAAGGUCGUAGCAAUACAGGUUGAACCUCGCUGGUCCUGCACCAUCGGGACCUGACUGGUCCUGAACAAGGGGAUUUGCCGGACCAGGGAAGGUAUCUCCCCUUGUGGCUGUGCUGUCACCAGGCUAGGGCCCCUGCUGUUGCCUCAGCCCCCCAGGUUCUUCCCGGCCCCGCUGCUGCCGGGGCCGGAGCACCACAGCCAGAGCUGAGCAGCUAGGGCAGAGUUGUGCAGCUGCCUGGCUCCGCAGCUGGAAUCAGAGCUCUGCAGCCCGGGCCAGAGUUCCCUGGCUGUCUCUGGGGCUGGAGUUCCCUGGCCGCUGAAGCUCCUUGGCCGGGGCCAGAGGACCACGGCCAGGAUAGAGCUCACCGGCCAUGGGGGCCAGAACUCCCCACCAUGCCAACUGUCCUCCCACACGCUCCACACACACACUCUGGGCUCCUGACUGAGUCGCCAGUGACCCUUACGGUACUCUUGCCCCCCCCUUCCACCAGACCUCCCUCUUCCUGGGCUCUGUGGUCCAGGAACAUCCGUGGUCCAUGCCGGACCACAGAUGUUGCUUGACUAGGGAAUCCUGGUUAAGGGAGGUACAACCUGUAGUAAUCGCUUAUCUUAGUCAUAGAUUGUUUUAGUCUACCUUGAUGACUGGCUGCUUAAAGGUCAGGCUUACAAAGCAGUACUAUCAUCUGCUCAGACAUCCCUUUUUCUUUUCCAGGAAUUAAAGUUCGGAAUUGGAAAAUCCAUACUGAUCCCUGUGCAGAGAGUAUAGUUCAUAGGGAUGUAUUUGAAUGCAAUGACCGCUCUGGCAUACCUUUCCAUGGAGAGAUUCUUAACUUUAUCACCUCUAAUCAGGACCGUUAAAGAGAGACUUCAAUCCUCAGUAAGAAACUGUCUACAGCUCCUAGGUCAUAUGGCAGCUUCGUCGUGAAGACAGAGUCUUGCAAGAUUUCAGCUCUGGUGCUCCCAAGGCUGGCUCAAAACAAUCUAUUCACCAACCAGAGCAGAUCAGGGUUCCUUUUCAUGUAAAAAAUUCCAUAUACGGAUGAAAAGAUCCGUUCAGCAUUGGUAUAGGUACUGAUUUAAUUUGCCCAAUUCCAACAAUAAUUGUGAUAACAGGUGUAUCUCUAUUGGAAUGGGGAACUCACUUCAGUGCCCUCACAAUUCUAGGGCAGAGGGAAAUCCAUCUCCACAUCAACUGAUUGGACUUCAUAGCAGUCAGGAAUGCUUAUCUUCAUUUCUUACCAGUCAUCUGGGGAAGUGCAGCUGGGUCAUGACAGACAGUGUGGCUUGCGUGUUCUGUGUCAAUAAAAAAUGGGGAGAGCAAGACCCCCUCCUUUUGCACUAACACAAAGCUGUGGAAUUGGUGUGCCUAUUGGAUCCAAAUUUCAGCCAUUUACUUCUCUGGAGUUCAGAACACCAUAGCAGAUGCCCUCAGCAGGUGUUUCACCAAAAUUUCCACCACUUAUUCCAGAACUAGGGAUUACCAGGCAUGGACCUCUUCGCUACCACCAGGAAUAAGAAGUAUUUUCUGUUUUGCUCAAGAGGAAGUAAGCUAUCGGUCUCUGGGAGACACCUUUCUCCUGUCUUGCAUGAAGAGGCUAGUCUGUACAUUUCCUCUAACAUGGUGAAGAGACUGCUGAACAGGGUCAGACAUGACCAUGUCAACAUUAUCCUUAUAGUACUGACCAGUCUGAGGCAAACUUGGUAUUCUUAUCUGCUUCAGCUGUGCAUCAAGGCAGCAAUUACAUUUAUCAUUCCUCAUCUCCUCUCCCCAGCUUUGGGUAAUCUAUUCACCCCAACCUGAGAAUCCUCUAUCUCUGGGCAUAAUUCCUCAAUUAUUCAUAUGAUUAGGAUCUACCUGUUCUAUGGAAGUACACGUGUCACUGAAUAAUAGAAUGGAGUCAAUCCAAAUUAUUAACCUGCAGAAGUGGAGAAAAGUCCACCAUUGGUUUCAAUGCCACUGAUGAGUGUAAGAAUUCUUGUUCCUUUCAGCUAUCUGGACUAGCUAUUGGACAUAAAGAAAUCUAGUUUAUUGGCUAGCUCGAUUUAAGGUUCAUUUGGCUGCAAAGUCAACUUUUAAGCCUCUGGUAGAAGGAUUUUCUCUCUUUGUUCACCCUGAGUAUUUAGAUGUAUUAAGGUUUUUGGGAAGCUCUCUUCAAGUGAGAGGUCCCACUCCAACUGGGAACUUGAACUUCAUAUUUAGAUGUCUCACAAGACCUCCAUUCAAACCAAGGACAGUCUGUUCAUGGCUUCACUCAUCCAUGUUUGGUAGCUGCUUUGUCAGCCUGUAUCAACAGAGAAAUGGGGCCUUGAUGGCAGACCUUCCUUCCCAUUUUAUGGAGUUAUUCAGGGAUAAUAUUUCUGCACACCCACACCUUACAUUCUUACCUAAGGUACUAUCAGAAUUUCAUCUGAAUCAGUCCAGUAAUCUUCUGGCUUUUUCCAAAACCACAUCUGUCUCAUACAUGGGAAGUUAAGAUGCCAAUGCCCUUUUAACUAGAUAGGACCAAGCAAUUUCAGAAGUCACCUCCACUGUUCAUUUACAUUAUAGACAGAUCCAGGGGGUCCAUAACUUCUACCAAGAGAUUCAAGAUGGAUCUCUUGGUGUAUUGUCACUUGUCAUGGUGCACCUGGUGCUUAGACCUCUCUUCCCUACAGGUGACAGAACAUUCUACCAUUCUACAAGGAACAUCUAGGCUGUGUCUAGACUGGCACGUUUUUCCACAAAAGCAGCUGCUUUUGUGGA